GAUUCAUUGAGUAGAUAUGGGCCUCUUGUCGGUGCGAUCGACGAGGGAACGAGUAGUGCAAGAUUUUUGGUUCGACCAAUUUUUUGUUAUUCAUUAUGUCAAUGAUCAUAUUGUGAGAUGACGCGUUGUUGCGAGAUUGCGGUUACUAUAGUCGAGGAAUCUUGAAAAUGCAGCAUACUUAUAUGUAUACGAUGCUGUGGUUAAAUCAGAAGAUCGAUUCUGUGUUUUCAAACAAGGUUUUUGCAGCUAAUACAGCAGAAGUAUUAACAUAUCAUCAAGUAUCGAUAUCACAGAUAUGCCCAAAAGAGGGAUGGGUUGAACAAAAUGCUUUAGAGAUAUUAGAAGCAGUUAGGGAAUGCCUGAAGCAAACUGUAUUUAACUUAAGGCAGCUGACAAUAGAUCCAGCUGAUAUAGUUGCAAUUGGUAUAACAAAUCAAAGGGAAACUACAGUUGUAUGGGAUUCUAUAACAGGAGAACCACUUUACAAUGCUAUAGUAUGGAUGGAUAUGAGAACAACAUCAAUUAUAGAUGAUAUAUUGAAGGGUGUACGCAAUAAAAAUAAGAAUUACUUGAAACCGCUUUGCGGAUUACCAAUUAGUCCAUAUUUUAGUGCAUUGAAAUUGAAAUGGUUGUUAGAGAAUGUACCUCGAGUUCAAGAAGCCUUAGCUGCCAAACGCCUCAUGUUUGGUACCAUCGAUUCCUGGCUAAUUUGGAAUCUAACAGGUGGUGCCAAUGGUGGUGUUCAUAGUACAGAUGUGACGAAUGCUUCGAGAACAAUGUUAAUGAAUAUUGUGACUUUGAAGUGGGAUCCUACUCUAUUAUCAUUUUUUAAAAUACCUCCUGAAAUUUUACCUGAAAUACGGAGCUCUUCUGAGAUUUAUGGUUAUAUACAAGACGAGUUGCUGCAGGGUGUUCCUAUAUCAGGAUGCUUAGGUGAUCAACAAUCAGCUUUAGUAGGUCAGAUGUGUCUACAGCAAGGGCAGGCAAAAAAUACUUAUGGCACUGGUUGCUUUCUUCUUUACAACACUGGCACAGCUAUUGUGGAUUCGGCCCAUGGUUUAUUGACGACAGUCGCUUAUCAAUUAGGAGCGGACGCUUCUCCGGUGUAUGCUCUUGAAGGUUCUGUAGCUAUCGCAGGUGCCGUUAUAAAGUGGUUGAAAGAUAAUCUUGGAAUAUUAACUGAUAUAAAAGACUGUGAAACUAUUGUCGAACAAGUGCCCGUAGGGUCCAAUCAUAUUGUUUUCGUACCAGCAUUUUCUGGAUUAUAUGCUCCAUAUUGGAGGAAAGAUGCACGAAGUGUCAUAUGUGGUAUUAGCGAAGAUACAACCAGUGCACAUAUUGUAAAGGCAGCUCUGCAAGCGGUGUGUUUUCAGACGAGAGACAUUUUGGAAGCUAUGAAAAAGGAUACUGGUUUAGUGUUGACAAAGUUGUUAGUUGACGGUGCAAUGACGAAUAACAACUUGUUAAUGCAAAUGCAAGCUGACAUUUGUGGAAUUCCAGUGGUUAGACCAUUAAUGUGUGAAACUACUGCACUUGGAGUCGCAAUUGCUGCGGGUAGCGCAGAAGGAAUACGAAAAUGGGAUGUGAAAAUUGAUGCUGCUAUUCCCAGUGACAUCUUCUUACCAUUAAUAACUGAGAAUGAACGCGACAUUUUAUAUUCUCAGUGGAAAAUAGGUAUUAAUAAAAGCUUAGGUUGGGAGUCACUCCCAGAAACAAAUGAUGAUACAGAGGAUAUACAUAAAGUUACUGCGCCAGGUGUAUUUAUAAUUAGUACCAUAAUAUUGCUUAUGGUUGCUAAAUAUAGAUCUACUUAAUAAGUUUGUGUAUGCAGUACUGUGUAUUGUAUUUAAGCAGGAUCUGCUUAUUAAUACAAUUAAAAAUAAUACAA